UUCAACGACAAUCGACAACGAUAUUAUGUCGAAUAUUUUUUUUUAUUCUCUUUCAAAUGUUCUCAUAAAAAUAGUGUCGUAAAUGUAGAUAAAUAUAUUUUAAAUUAUUAUUGCAUUACCGCUAAAUACGGAACUUAGCCAUACAUCAGGUAAACCAUCUGAAGAAUGCCAUCAACACACUUAAAUUUGCGCGAAGACGACGUCAUUCGUCUGGCACUCGAGUUUCUCCACAACCGCGACUUGCACAUCACGCAACUGUCACUUGAGCGUGAAACCGGCGUUAUCAAUGGAAAUUACGCCGACGAUGUGCUCUUUCUGCGCCAACUUAUCCUGGACGGACAAUGGGAUGAUGUUCUCGAAUUCAUCCAACCAUUGAGCGCUCUCAAAGCUUUUGAAGCAGAUAAAUUUAAUUAUGCUAUACUCAGGCAUAAAUAUAUCGAACUUCUCUGCAUCAGAUCUGAAAUCAAAGCUUACAAUAAUGUUGAGAAUAUUGUAGAUGAAGUGGUCAAAGUACUUAGCGAAUUAGAGAAGCUUGCACCUACAAAGGAAGAAUACUCUAACCUCUGCUUACUGCUAACUCUUCCCAGUAUAACAGAUCAUGCUCAGUUUAAGAAAUGGAAUCCUAGUAAUGCCAGAGUACAGUGCUUCCGAGAAGUAUAUCCUUUGGUGGAACAGUUCUUACCUUGCGACAAGAAGUCUACUGGCACUGUGGCUAAGUGUGCUAAAAAUGAUCGGUUAAUGCAGUUACUUAUCAAAGGUAUUUUAUACGAAUCAUGUGUAAAUUACUGUCAAGCUAAAGCCACAGGUUCAAAAGAAGCUCAGUCAAAUGAAGUUAAUUUUUCACAACUACUUGAUGGUUCAGGGUUUGAUGAAUCCGACUUGAGUCUACUAUCAUGGCUACAAUCAAUCCCAGCUGAAACAUUUAGUGUACCGUUUGAACAAAGAAUGCUAAAUGUGGAUGUUGAAAAAUUGGAUCGUCCCUCCUUACACACAUCAUGGACUGAGCACAUGCUUGUAACACCAAUAAAACCUCGAACAUUCCCACAUUUGGCGAUGCCAUUUAGGCGACCUCGGUCAGCUGCGGAUGCUAUGACGCGAUCGCUCCGACCUCUACCCGAUGGUGCGCCUCGACAUACUGCGUUAAUGGCUUUAUCUGCCAUAGAUUAUGGCCCUUCAUCAUCUUGCUUUGCUGGUUUUCAUCUGACUGGCAUAAAAGGAAGCAAGCUAAUGAAUACGUCUGUGGAUAGACUGUUUGAUAAUAAAAAUGGCGACAGUAUGUACAAUGGUAUAAAUGAAACAUUAAAACCAAUUGAGGAGCAAUUGAAACCUACCGGAGAUAUUGCUUCAUCGACGAAAACAAAUGAAUCAAACAGUAUUGGUGCAUCGAAUGCUACAACUCCGGAGCACAGGGGACAAGAUUACUCUGUAUCAACCUCGAUAUCGACCACAGCUGCGUCUACCGAGCGUUCCUCUCUAGCAGAACGUGCCCCACAGGAGCUGGAACCAAAGCUUGUGCCAACUAUGGAAGGAGAUUUCCGUCGUGAAUUGCUUAAGGAGUACCAAAUUCAAAAGCAGCGUGAAUGUGACGACUACAUACGAAAUCUAUGCUCUUCGGAAUUGCGGGCACCUAAGUCGAUGGAGCAACAAGGUGAAGCAGCAUCUGGCUUCACCCAAUCCAUUAGACUUCCUCAACAGAUGAUCCAAGAAACCUCCGUAGAAUGCAAACAUCCUAUCAGCAAAUUUGAAGAAGGCGAGCUGGCCCAAAAUCUGGAAGGACUGAUGACAACCACCCGGAAUGGAGGUCAUCAGAAUGCACCGAUUUCGCCGUCUGGCGCUGCAAGUGUUGGACUGGGAGCAGAUGUCAACGGAUCCAGGCCUACAUUCAAACCAGUCACUGUACUCGAAGACUUGCAAGCCGUGCGUUGCGCAGAAUUCCAUCCAAAUGGCAAAUUGUAUGCUGUUGGUUCUAAUACAAAAACUCUUAGGAUAUGCACGUAUCCUAAAAUCGACGAUAUCAAGGACAUCAGUGCACCAACAGCCCCGACUGUUCUACUGAAGCGCACGAAACACCACAAAGGGAGCAUCUACUGCCUCGCUUGGAGCCCGGCCGGCGACCUGCUAGCUACCGGCUCCAACGACAAGACUGUUAAAUUGAUGAGAUUCAACAGCCACACUUGUAACCUAGAAGGACAAGAGGUGGAACUUACCAUGCAUGAUGGCACCGUUCGGGAUGUGUGCUUCAUAGAGGACACCUCGAAUAAAACAAGUCUUCUGGUCAGCGGCGGCGCUGGCGAUUGCAAGAUUUAUGUCACCGAUUGCGCCACGGGAAAGACAUUCCAAGCUCUGAGCGGGCAUUCCGGCCACGUUCUGUCGCUCUAUAACUGGGGUGGUGCGAUGUUUGUAUCUGGAAGUCAGGACAAGUCGGUGCGCUUCUGGGAUUUGCGCACUGGUGGAUGUGUUAACAUUAUAUCACCGCCCACAGGUCAUGCUAAUAAGGGUUCAGCAGUGGCAUCUCUCGCGGUGGAUCCUAGUGGUCGUUUGUUGGUGUGUGGUCAUGACGAUGGUUCAUGUGCCCUCCAUGAUGUCCGCGGCUCCAGAGCUCUGCAACGCUUUACUCCGCAUUCGGGUGAUGUUAGAAGUGUACGUCUUUCACCUGGCGCCUAUUACUUGUUGACCGCAGGAUAUGAUGGUCGAGUUGUACUAACUGAUCUACAAGGUGAUCUAACUUGUGCGAUGCCAAGCGUACCAGUUGCUCGACAUCCCGAUAAGGUGAUAUCAGCUAGAUGGCAUCCGGAUGACUUCUCAUUCUUGUCUACGUCAGCGGACAGAACCGCUGUACUUUGGACCAUACCACCGGUGUAAUGGCCAUUUGAUUAGAGCUCUAUACAAUUUGGUUAAAAUCAUUCUAAUUACAUUACGUAACUUUAAGCCACGUAAAUUAUAAUCUCAUUU